AUCUAGUCUCGCGUUGAAUUUCGAAUCUAAAAAGUGACAAAAUUAAUAAAUUUAAUAAAAAAUAAAUAAAAAUUGUAGUGAAUAAAUAUUAGACAAAUAAAAUAAUAAAAAUAAAAAAAAAUAAAUAUUUAAAAUAUUCAAAAAUAACACGGAAAAUAAGUGAAUUCAAAAAUAAAAUAAAAAAUAAACAUAAUAAAAUUAAUUGAACAAACCUUGACUAAAUAGCCAAAAGUGACAGGAAAAGGUGCACCAAAAAUCAAAAAAAGAUAAAAAAAAAUUACCUUGCACUUGAAUCAACUUGAAUGCAUUUACAGUGAAACGCAAUACGGAAAUUAUACCGUUUAAAAUUUACUCAAAGUAUUUCACAAAAAAAAUAAACCUAUAAAAUGGAGCCUUUAAUGGAAGAACCAUCGACCAUGUUUGAUCGUUUUGUCAACUUUUGGAUAAAAAAUCAAGAUCCUCGUUCAGUAAAUUGGUUCCUCAGUGGAUCGCCUGUGCCAUUGGCGACAAUUCUCGUGAGCUAUUUGUACUUUUGCCUGUACGCCGGACCCAAAUGGAUGAAAAACAGAAAGCCGUUCGAACUGAAGAACGUUUUAAUUGUUUAUAAUGCGAUCCAAGUAGUGUUUAGUGCGAUUUUAGUGUAUGAAGGUUUAGAAGGCGGAUGGAGAAAACAUUAUAACUUUACUUGUGAACCUGUUGAUUACAGUGAUAAUCCACGAGCAGUGCGGAUGUUGAGCGCUGUUUGGUUCUACUACAUGUGCAAAUUGAUCGAACUUUUGGACACAGUUUUCUUCGUGAUGCGAAAAAAGCAGAAUCAAGUGACAUUUUUGCACGUUUAUCAUCACACCAUGAUGCCUUUUGCUGGAUUUAUUGGCACAAAAUAUGUUGGAGGAGGUCAAACCACACUUUUGGGUCUCAUCAACUCAUUCAUUCACGUCAUCAUGUAUGCCUAUUACAUGCUCGCUGCAAUGGGUCCUCACAUGCAAAAAUAUCUUUGGUGGAAACGUUACUUGACUGUCAUGCAAAUGGUCCAAUUUGGCAUCGUCUUCAUCCACACAAUCCAAGUACAAUUCUACCCAAGUUGCCAAUACCCCAAGGGAAUCGCUGCCUUGUUGUCUCUCAAUGCCGCGUUGUUCUUCUACAUGUUCGCCUCGUUCUAUUAUCACGCGUAUGUGAAAAAGCCAAAAUCGAAAGUCAUGGCAAAUGGCGAUAAACAAGCGUUGAAUGGACAUGCUAAUGGUCACACGUCGAACGGAUACACGAAUGGCCACACAAAUGGCGUUUACGCGAACGGAAGUGCCGAAAAAUCGUUGAAGGUUCAAUAAACGAAGAGUUUUUAUUUUCGUUUAUUCACACUUAGACCUAAGAAUUAGUUAGAUAAAUUAUUAUUAGAAUGACUUUUCAUAAGUAUUAAAAAAAAAACGAAAAUCAAUAUUUUUGCAUCAAAUGUAUGCAAAGAGAGAUCAUAAUUGGUAAUAAUUGACGCGACAAUGAUAUUUUUUAAGAUAAAUAUACGAUUUUUUUUUGUUAUAUUUCAUAAAAGUUUUGAAUGGAAUAAAAG